GAGUACCAAUUGCAAACAUGUCGUUCCAAGUCCAGGAAACUACACCUCAGGCUGCACCUGCCAAUGCAUCCGCAUCAACUCAGACCUACGACCUCGUUGUCGUAGGUUUUGGUACUACUGCUCUCUCCGUCGCAACCGCCCUCGCCGACUCCGAAACAGAUCUCAAAGUCUUGUUUCUAGAGUCAAAGACCAAUUUCCAAUGGGCACCUGCAUCAGUACUGCCAGAAAACACAACACGCACUUCCUUCUUGAGAGACUUGAUCACCACACGCAACCCUCGCAGCGAAUUCACAUUUGUGAAUUAUCUGUUUGAGAGCAAUCAAUUGGUGCAGUUUGUCAAUUCUUCGCACAUUGCGCCUACGAGAUUGGUUAUGGGCAAUUAUCUUUCUUGGGUUGCGAACAAGAUGGUGGAGAGGNGGUGGGUACGUUACUCGAGCACUGCUACCAGAGUUGUUCCUGUCAAGAAUGACUCGUCUCUGAUUAAUGGCUGGAAGAUCAGUGUCUGUGAUGCUCAGGGCAACACAAGAGCUAUCUUUUCCAAGCGUGUUAUUCUGGCUACUGGUACAAAGCCAAAGAUCCCUGAUGCGUUGCUGAGUGCAGGGAACAAGGUGUUGCAUACCUCUGAAGUUGGACCUUUGUUGCACAAUCUCAAAGAUCAAGAUAUCGCUAUCGUAGGAGAAGAUCAAGAGGCCGCAGAGAUCCUUGAGCAUUUGCAGAGUGCAGGAGCCUUGCAUCGUGUAAGGGCAACUAUGUUCAUCUCAGACUCUACAUUGCGACCAGAGGACAACACUUCCUUGUACGUUCCAACUCCGAUCUCAACCACUACACNNACACAAGACAUUAUCGACAACUGCCUGCCUGGCGCAACCACAAGCCACUACCCACCCGAACUACGUCCUCGCCUGAUAAAUAUCUCUACCUCAACCACCACCCCCAGCCACCCAAAAAUCUCCCUCCACACCAUCGAGACACUAUACGAAAACCUAUACGCCCAACGUGUGCUCACACCCAAUCCCAGCGACUGGCGCUUCAACAUCGUACCUCUAUGCCAAAUAACCUCCACCGCCCCUGAUGGCAACAAAUUCCGCCUCACCCUCAAGAACACACGCACAAACACCACCAGCACCAGUGCCGGUGCUUUCGACAUCAUAAUUGCAGCAGGAGGAUACUCACACUCGACAUCCUUGCUACAAGACAUUGAAGCUGCAGGCGUGUUGCAAAACAAAAAGGCGACAGUGGAUGCAGAGUACAGAGUUUGCUUCCGUAGAAAUACAGUAGCGAAAGAUACAAGUGUUUGGGUGGUGGGCAGUUUGGAGCAGGGGAACAGGGAUGAAGGGAUGGGGUAUGCGGUUGAGAGGGGAGCGAGGUUGAUGGCUUCUGUGCUUGAUAGUGUGGCGAGGACUGCAGAGGAUAAAGCAGAGCUUGCUAUGUUG